AGACAGGACUGACUGACUGACUGCGCACAGCAGAGCGUGAGGCCGUUCACUGACUGCUUCACUGCCCCGUGCUAGCUGCCACACACUCGCUGACUGCCGCUCACUCUGACACACACAGACACACUCUCACUGCCUCUCUCUCUGUCGCAAACACACACCGGCUCUCUCCCUCCCAUACUCGCUCUCUCCUUCUCUCUCUCUCUCUCUCUCUCUCUCUUUCUCUCUUUCAGUAUCACACACUCACACAUACACACACAUACAUGCACACAGUCAGUCACCAACCCUCAUUCAACUCCCUCUCAGCCACGGGUCAGCAGCUCAGACAGGCACCUUGUUCCUAUUCAGCUGGAAAGAGUAGAGCAUCGCAAGGUGCACACACACAUACUUAAACACACUGAAACACACCUAUCCAUACACACAGACAAACACAAAUACACACACACAUGCGCAUCCUCAUACAGCCAAGGACUUUAUCUGUGGUACGGGAAAGAAGACCUCAGUCCAAGGAGGACAACAAACAGGAGCAACACUAAAGAGGAACUUUCAGAGGUGGAUUCAUAAAUUUACAGCACUCCAUGAAAGGAUCGGACAAAUAGAACCAAAAACAAGACUGAAGAUGACAACUGGAGAAACUUUGACAAGCCUGUUGCUGUAGGAAGGCCUGCUGUCAGCCUGAAGUGGAGAUUGGUCAUCUGUGACAUCCAAAGGAUCUGCUGUGAGUGCCAUUUCCCACCCUUCUCUCUUCAGGACUCCCACCCUCUUGUCAUCCCUCCAUUGGGACAUCUCGCCAUCAUCAGCAUGCCUACAGCUUGCACAAGGUGCACCUUGGGAGUCUGACCCACCAUGUGCAGAUGGACGCCGUCCGUAGCUCAUCUCAGUCCUGAACCUGCCCUUGCCACCACCACUAUCGCAGCCUCUGCCGGGCGACCUCUCCCCUUACCCAGCGCAGCCUCCCUUUGCCUGGCAUGCUUCACCCUACUCCUGGUCACGGCUGGCACCGCCACAGGGGCCUGUCCUCCUGGGGUUGGACAUGAACCCCUGCAGGUGCUGGCGAGUGGCAUCAACUGUUCAUGGACGUUGGAAAGGCACACUCGCAGUUACAAUCACCUAGAGGGCGACGUCCGACUACGGCGACUUUACUCCGCCAACAAGUUCUUCCUCUGCAUUGACAAAACAGGCAAGGUGGACGGCACUCGGCGGAAAAACUACGCAGACAGCCUGAUGGAAAUCCGAUCUGUCAGUGUGGGAGUUGUUGCCAUCAAAUCUGUCAGCACCGGGCUGUACUUAGCUAUGUCCAAGAAAGGCACGCUCUUUGGAUCGGUGAAGUACAACCCGAGCUGCAAGUUCAAGGAGCGCAUUGAAGAGAACGGCUACAACACGUACGCCUCCCUCCGUUGGAAGCACGGUGGGAGGCAGAUGUUUGUUUCGCUGAAUGGGCGGGGAAAGCCACGGCGAGGCCACAAGGCUCGUCGAAGACACCCGUCUACUCAUUUCCUGCCCAUGCUCCCCUCCUAGCUGCCCAAGCCUGAACUCUGACCGGCGACUGGCCGGCUCACCUGCCUCCUCACACUAGUGUUGAUCUAGCCAUGACGGCAAUCUUUAUUUUUAUUACUCCAUCCUCCUGUCACAUAAAUGUACAUUUGUUGAGGGUUGUAACAUUUGUAGAGUUAGUAUAAUAUGUACUUUUAAGUUAUUUUCUCCAUUUUCUAAUGAUGUUCAAUAAUACAGUAAAUAUACAGUAGAAUUAUACUCCAGGCAUCUGUCUGGCCACAGUAUCUGUCUGUGUGUCUGAACUGCAUGUAAAGCGAUGUUUGGGUGACUUUAAGAGGCUAUAAGAGGGCUGAAAAGGGACAGCAAGGCUAAGAAACAACAAAAUACAGCUCACUGGUUUGUUAUUUAGCCUAUUUUAGAUGCUCAGCUAAAUAAGAACGAAAGCAUCAGGUACAGCAAAAAUUAAAUUUUCAAGUUUCACUAUUAAAACAAAAAUAAGCAACUUUGAAAUAACUACAAGCCAGGGCCACAGCUCCGACUGAGGACACUGAUGUUCUCUGUAUUUCUGGUUGACUUUUAGGUGGUUGGGGUCCCCAGUAUUUCACUGAAUUUACAUAUAGACCAAAUCACCAUGUUUGUUUGUAAUGACUUCCAGGUAGGAAAACACACCCACAUCACAUACAUUAAAUGAAACUGUGCUGAGCAAGCGCUGCCUCAAUUGGUUAGUUUUUAGUUACCUAAAAAAAGGUCCACCUAAAGUAAUCAAUUUUAGUUUAAGUGUACAUUAUAUUUAGAAUAUUUUCACUGCUUUACCUUGCUGUCAGACAGCCUAUUCUGGGAACUGAAGCUGUAAAGUCACUAGACUCCAUUGACAAAAACAGUAAUUUUACCAUGCAAAACACUGGAGUUGCUGCUCUCCGCUGCCUCGAUCAAUUAGUGCGUAAGGUUAAAGCGGUGAAAAUAUAAAGUUAGGGCUAAAAAAUUAUUUAAUAAAUCAAUUACCAGUUGCCUGCCUGGAAGUGAUUAUUGUUGUCCAUGCAAAAUCAUGGCGGAAAAAAAAAAAAAAAAGUUUUUUAGACAUUUCAUGCAUGAAAUGUGAUAGUGAAAAGUUUCUCAUGCUAUUUUUUUGUAAGGCUAAAUAUGACUAGACCAGGGGUCGGCAACCUUUACUAUCACAGGAGCCAUUUUUGACAAAAAUAUUUAAAAAACAAAAAAACAAACCUCUGUGUGGAGGCGCAAAACAUAUUUGACACUUUUAAUGAAGGUAAAACAGCCUAUUAAGUCCAAAUUAGCCUAUACUAACAGAACUAAAUGAGCAUUCUUUCAUGUUUUACCAUAAUGUGGCCGCUCUGCAGGGCACUAUCUAUAAUUACUUGGUACUUUAACUUUGCAGAGCUGGCAGUGAAAGCAAACAAAUCUGUCCAUGCACUACUAAAGUCUCUACUUUAUUCCGAGACUUUUACUUUUUUGGAUUUGGCAUCCAUAGCUAACCAGCUAGGAAGUCUCAAGACUAGCUACUGCUAUUGAGGUUCGGCAAAGUUUCAACUGGAUUACGCACAUUUUAGUUGUCUUUAUUUGGUAUAUAGGCUUCAUAUUUUUUACUAUUGGAAAAUGUAAGAAUUUCUUUGAGCCUACAACACUGGCAUAUAAAAUCAAAAUGUCGAAAAAAUAACUAUUAUUCAUUUCCAUUUUUUUGUCAAAGCCACAGGGUGCCACUGGAGAGGGGCUAAAGAGCCACAUGUGGCUCCGGAGCAGGUUGCCUACCCCUGGACUAGACCAACAGUAGGUCUAAACAAAACAACUCCAACAGAUUUUAUAUAAUGUGGAGUAAAGUGGUGAGGGUUCAUAUCAUUCAAAAACAACAUGACAAAUAACUAAUAAAAGGGGGGAUUUGGACCUGUGACCCGAGUAUUUCUAAAAUCCUGGCUAUGGCCCUGCUGCAAAUCCAAAACCCUGAUUGUUGCUUGGGAUAUACCGUACUGACACUACUGGAUAAGAAGAGACACUGAUCUGCACCUGAACUGCACAGAGGAGAUAAAAAUCUCUGCUGACUCAAACACAUUGAUAAAUGUACUGUUCUGUCUGUAUAUGUCUACGUAUGAUAAGAACACAACAGAAACUAAGCUAACUACUGGGAUAAUAUGCUGGAUUUCCUGAGAUGACCUUUUACAUGUUUGUGCAUGCUUCUGUUGGACUGCUUCUCUCAUUCAACCCACAGCUAAUAGAUUAGGAAUCAGUAUCAGAAAAAAAUGCAUUGUGUCUCUAGUCUCUGAUUCUUGGUCCUUAAUUCAGUCGUGAAAUAAUAAUAUACGUUUUGAGUCAUUUAAUGCAUUAUAGCAGCCAUAGGUAACGCAGAUGUCACAUAGCGACAACUUCAUUAAUUUUGUACACAGUAGUAAAUGGUUAUUACAUACUGCCUCUCUGUUAAGUCUUGCUAACAUUUUCUCAAAAAGGCUGUUGCUAAUAGAACAUUUAAUAUAUUUAAAACAUUUUGUACUCUUUAACUGUUUGAAGUUGAUGUUUAUUGUUAUUGUCAACUUUUUGUGUUGGAUUGUAGUCAUACUGUUAAAAAAAGAAGAAGGGAAAAAAGUAAUCGUAUUCAAGUCCAUAUUCAGCUCAUUUUGUAUGGUAUUACUACUGGAUAUCGGUACAUUUGUGAUCCACUUAUCAUAAACAGCUGUCAGCUAUAUAGGCCAGUAAUAGUAGGUUGUAUAUAAGGCCAACAUCUCAGAACAAACAGUCUUUAGAUUCAUUUCAGCAAAGUGAAAUCAUUCGAGUGCCUUGGUCCAUGCUGAGUUUGGUAAACUUCAAUAAAAAUGUGGCUGAAUCACGAGUCAUGGCUCACUCCCUUACGCUAGCAAGCCUUUUUAAAAUCUAGUCUGAAAAAGUAUGAAGUGCAAAGACGGCAUUUUAAUCUUGUCUUGUGCGUGGCACUGAUUGUUAAGUGUUGCUAACAUCUCCAUCAGAGCUCUCCGACAUAAUCCCCCUCCUCAUCAUAAUCAUGACAAAACUCACAGCAGGAGAGGCGUUGAUGUGGAGGAUCUCCCCGUGUCUGAUGAAAGGUCUGCGGUUAUGAACUAUGCACCCGAGCAUCAAGGUCAUUUACACACAGACGAGCCCUCCAGUGGCACAGGAGGCCACUCGGUCCUUUCAGUGAACAGAAAGGAGAGUCGGGGAUGAAUAGUGGCUGUUUGGGGUGAAUAAAGGCCAACCUUUCAGCCUGUCAUAAUGUGAGAUUACUGUGACGGGGUACAUGUCUGGUCAGAAUGGCGUGAAGUCACACUGUAGUGCCGCUCCAAAAGGUCUGGGUGCAGCACACAAAUAUCAG